GCCCCGCGGGGGAGCCGGGCUGGAGCUGGAGCGCGCGGUCGGCGCGGCCACUGGAGACCAGGCGACCGGCGGCCGGGCAGGCGGCGGCAGCGGAUGGGGACUCGGAGUCGGGCGGCUGUGGCUGUGGCGGCGGCUGGGAAGCAGCUGGCGGGCCGGCGGCGGCGGCGGCGCUGGCGGCGGUGACGGGCCCCGGCGGCGGCAGCAGCGACGCGGUGGCGGGCUGCGGGCGGGCGGCGUGAGGAGCGGCGGCGGAGCGCGGGGCCGCCGGGAAGCUAGGGCGCCGGGACGCCCCCUGCCCAGUCCUCGCAGGCCGUCAGGCCCCCUCCAGCCGGGGCCGUGGAGCACCGGGCCAAAGGCCGGGGCCCCCCCAUGAAGGAGCGCGACGCGGCCCCGGCCGAGCGGGGCAAGCCGGCCACCUACACCGGGGACAAGAAGGCGAAGAUGGCGGCCAAGACCAACAAGAAGUGGGUCCGGCUCGCCACGGUGUUCGCAUACGUGCUCUCCGUGUCGCUGGCCGCCAUCGUACUGGCCGUCUACUACAGCCUCAUCUGGCAGCCGGUGGGCGCCGGGACCUCGGGGGGAGCCGCCGGCCCGCCCCCCAGCGGCUCCAACGCCACCGGCCCGUCUGGGACUUCUGGGGCGGCGGCGGGGCCCAACACCACCAGGUCGUCCCGCCGCGAGGCGCCACGCGACGCUCCCCCGCUGCAGGCGGCGAGGCCGGCGCCCCCGGAACCCGCUGCAGACAGCCCUCUGGCCGGGCCGCUCGAGCGGCCGCGGGGCCCGGACGAGGACGAAGAGGAAGCGGCUGCGGCACCCCGGAGUCGUUGACCCUCUCCGGGUUGGGGGUGGUCGGGAAUCUUCGUCCCCCAAGCCCUUAGGCAGGACUUUGCAGCAGGACCGGCCCCGGGGCCCUCCGGAGUGACCCCCUACACGAGCGAACGCCCCCACACACCUCAGCGAUCGCCAGCUCGCCCCGGGAGCGGGUAACGCACAACCGGAUCUUCAGCCAAGGGACCACGAUUCGCCGGGGACUCGGGGUUUGAUCUUCCCAGCACCGUGCUGCGCCAGGGCCCUGAGCCAUAAGGGGAGCUGGGGGUGGGGGGG